ACAGCUGGUGGGAACCGCCGGAGCAUCUCGCUCUCUCCGCCUCCACAGGUUGUUGUUUGUGACUCAAUAAAAUACAGCAACAAACUGAGACUGCUAAACCCUGCCCUGUAGUUUCCACUUGCUGUUUCCCAGCCACUGCAACUGGAAGCGUAGAGAGAACAGAGGAGAAGAGCAGCUGCUUGACCGAUGGAGAAGAAGGAGGAAUCUUCUCGUCAGUACGGUUCACUGGAGCUCACUGAAUGGAGCAAAGACACCAACAAACCAGAGGACGAUGUGGUGUCCAUGGCGGACUCCACCAUCACUGUGGACGACAUUGAGGGGGAGCUUUUUAAGAUUGAGAGGAUCAGGGACGUCCUGGUCAGGAGGGAGUCAGAGCUUAGAUAUAUGAUGGAUGACAUUCAGCUGUGCAAGGAGAUCACUCGUCUGAAGAAAGAACUGCAGAAAUUAGUGUCCAUACCAGAUAAUGACAAGUCCAACGAUGACCGGCAGAAGGAAGAAGAACUACUGCAGCAGAUCCACAAGCUGGUCGAGACCCGAGAUUUCCUGGUGGAUGAUGUGGAGUUUGAACGACUCAGGGAGAAAGAAGAGGAUAAAGAAAUGGCAGAUUUUCUGCAGUCCAAAUUCCCAAGAAAUAUGAAGAAGAAAGGUGUACCAACCAGACGGGCACCAUCCAGGGCUCAGCAGACAUCUUCUCCCUUUGCCAAGACAGGCCUCACUCUGCUAAAGGAGUGCUGUGGCUUCACAUGCUCCAUCAUGUAGACUGAAGUCAAAAUGGAGGGCCCCAUCGCAGGGCUGACACAUGGGGCCACAAAUAAAAAUUGGCCACUUCACAAGAGUCAAUUUUUCCAGUUUCAGCUUUUCAGUCCAAGAAAGACUUUGAAUAAUGGAUGGAGCAGUAAAGAUCAAGUUAAGAAUUCCCCAGAGGGAAUGUAGAGUAUGUUUUAAAGAUCAUGUGGUGUGUUUUCCAUGCCAAGACCCAAGUUUGUAUUGUGUCGGAUCUGUUUGUCUGUUUUAAUGGACUUUAUAUCUUGUUUUGUUGUCAUGCUGUCUCUGCUCUCCGUGUCACUCAUCCCACUCCGGUUUUUAUUUUUACUCUCGUCAAUCAUCACUGUUCAGCCAAAUUCUUCUGAUUAACAACAAGAAACAACCACACGCAUGUUUUUUAUUUCUCUUUUUCAGGCCGAGAGGACAAGGUUUAAAGGACAGGAACAACAUAGCACAAGUCAGGCAUGUAUUGUGUACACACUAAUUGGAUUCAUCCACCAUGACACGCCAACUAGUUUUUUAAAGACUUUGCUGAACUAUGACAACUGUCUUCUCCUCAUUAAAAAAACAAGUAGCUGUUUUGCAGGAGUCAGCAGGCCAGUCUAGACACACUGCUGGCACUAUAUAAUCCUCAGUAAGGCGAUAACAAGAACAAAACUGACAUUAAUCAGGAGCUCUGUUAGGAUGAAAAAGUAGAGGUUUGUGAAGAAAGAAGGGAUGUCUCAUUACGCUGAAUUCAUAUUUACUGUCUACUUUUGUAUAUGUUGCAAAGAAAUAUAAACGAGCAUCCCACAAUACACCUUUUAAAGAUUGUUUUGCUAAUCCUCACUAUAGUGUAUUUUUUACAAGACCUCACUUCAUUAUUUUAUUACAUAUUUCUCACAAGUGUCUAACACAUACCGUACAGUACUAACAUGUUGAUACCAGAGUGCUAUGUGAGGACAUUUUCAGUAUUAGUACAUAGGUGUCCAUAUGGUACUCUAUCAGCACGGAUAGACUACUCUUACUUAAAUUGGUCAUUCUUAGUCCAGUGCGCUCACUUUAAUAUCAUCCAUUAUGCAUGUUUCCACAUACUAUAUGGAUCGGCACACAGCUGACACUGCAGAACACUACACCUCAUAUAAAUAUAACCACUCCAGCGAUAAAGACCGUCCUCAUACAAAUCAAGGCACACUUGACAAUGUUUUGAGUGGGUACGUUAUGUUUCAUAUUAAUCUACUGGCUAAAGGAAAAACUCUUUAGCCCAUUUCCACUAAACAUUAUGUAUUUAUUGCCACUCCAUAUUUUAUCAGUUAUUAUGUCCUACAUAUUUACUUAGAGAGGGUGUAUGUAAAGCUUGUGUUGCUAAGAAGAAUAGUAGCCAUAGCAACCUUGUAUAACCAACAUCUUUACAAUGAGACAAUGAGGAUAGUUGGAUGGAUUGAGGAAAUGAGACCUCAGGUGUUAUAUCAUGGUUACCUAAUGAAAUAUGAACAGGAGACAGAAUAAUAUUACUGUUGUUAUUUUGGUGAUUGUUAUGUUUUUGAUUUACUCUGGUGAUAACACAGCCUACUUAGGAUUGAAAGGAUUAUACCCUAAUUUAUCCUCUGAAUUCCUUUUGCAUUAUUUUAGAUAAAGUAACAAUCACAUGGAGGCUUUGCUUUGCUGGAAAGUAGACAUUUUGGCAAUAACUGUUUAUUAGAUACUAAUUGAAGGUCUCUUAAAUUGUGGUAGUCAUUAUAGAUUAUACAUUUCUCAUUCGUAUACACUUCCUUGUUUGUGUUUCACUCUGAUUGACUCAGCAUUCUCUUUUAUGAUUUAUUCUCAACUAGUCCUUGGGAUGGAUACAGAUGUCUGUUAUGUUCAAUUGCUGGAUCUUUUUAUAUUCAGUCUCAACACUGUCAUAGAACCUUUGGAUCACAUAUCACUGAGCAACCAUGGCUGGUUUUGUCAUUGAGGUUCACAGGAGAAUUAGAUGUGUGCCAAUACUGAUGAAAUAACAGCCAUGGUAGAAAUACACAAAGUACCAGAAAAGGAUUUCUCUUCAUGCUGCUUCAUCCUCUUUGGCUAAUACAGAAAUAGUGUAUUUAAAAAGGCAUUAUUGGUUAUAAAACGGGCUAACUUACAAAUACACUUUGGAUAUACACAUCUUGGAAAAACAAUAUUUAUCAUUUGAAGCAAAGAAAAUUAAGUUUAUACAGAAAUCCAAAAUGCUUUUUCAAGUAUGUUUUUAUGGGUGAACUGCGCAGUAAAUAAAUGUAUUCCUUUGCCCUAAGAAAGACCUUUAUCUAAUCAGUAAUUAUUUUAUAUACUGAGACAGAGUGUGUGGCAUGUUUCUGUUCUUCACUGUUCAAAUUUAGACAUAAUACCAGCUGUUCACACCAGGUAGAGGGUGUGUUAAAGCCCUUAACUGUGCUCUGCACGAGACGAGCGAGGAUUCAUGAAUUCAUUGAGGAAAAUUCUUAGAGACGUAGAACAGACCAUAUAGCCUCCUGAGGCUAUAUGAAAGACGCAGUGUUGCAGGAGAGGGAGUCAGAGAGAGAGAAUGAUAAAAGGAGAGAGGUUGAAGUGGCCGAAAGUAGAGGACAUGAAGAAAAAGAGAGAGAGAGAGAGAGAGAGAGAGAGAGAGAGAAAGAGAGAGAGAGAGAGAAAGAGAGAGUGGGAGGGUAUAAAGUUAGGGGGGUCUAAUCUUCAGUGUGAGUCAUCCUUAGUGAAAACAAUGUGACUUCCCACAAGGGCAGCUCUCAUUGAACGCUACGUGAAAGGGCACGACUAUCAUUCAAACACCAUAAUCCUGAACCCCUUCUUCACAGCUCAGUGUGUGAGAGAAAAUAUGUGUUUUUACAUGUGGUGUGAGAAAACAAUACAUGAGAAAGAAACCUGAUACCUGUGCUUGUUUGUGUGCCUGUCGGAACAGGAGGGUGAUAAUAACUAGAGGUACAGUAGCUGUCACUGCUUUGUUACUAUGGUUACUUUGACUUGAUGACACACGCUCACUUCUUGUUGCAUUUGGUCAUGCCAAACUCCGCUGGAUACUGAUGCAAGGCUGCACGUGUUGUGAAGCUGCAAGGGGAAAACUAUAAGAACCUGUUUUUUUAUAGUGUUCAGGGUUUAAGGUUCUUUAAUGUUCUCAGUUAAAGCUGCAAACGUAAUAAAUGAAACUGUAUCUCAA